AACACGCGGAAGCGGCUUCGUUUCUUUGCCCCUUCUCCUCUCGCACCCUCCCCAAACCUCGUCGCCGCCGCCGCCGCCGCCCACCCAUGGAUCCGCCGGUCAUCGGCGACCCUGGUUUCCCGAGGUGCCGCCCCUUACCCAACUACCCACCAUUCCUCGGCAACAACCCCUACGUCUCCCCCCAUCAGCCGCCGCCGCCGCCGCCCCCAGGGUAUGUGGAGAAGGAGUAUAUGCCCUGCCCUUCCCAGCCUGCCUGGCGACAUUCCCAGUACCCUCAGAGGCCACCCGGGCGCCGUCUUAUCCCAUCUCUAGGGCUACCUUUCCUGUGCCGGAAACAAUAUGAGUGGGGUAUUGAUUUCUACAUCAGGAUCGACAAUGCGGGAUACUACCAUGCUUAUCCUUAUGUUGGUGGGCCAUUUCAGAACCUACAAGAAACAGAACAUGCUAUCGAGCGCUAUCUUCAUGAUCGUCGGGAUCCAAAAAUGUUCUCGAUGGAUAAUAUGUCUCGAGUGGACAUCGCUGUACGAAACUCCCUUUACUUUCCUGAUGGCACAAGGAGGAGACGUUUGAGAUCGGAACCGGUUGAUGAAAUCCGUGAUAGCCAGCGCCAGUUGGUUAAUGCUUUGAUGGACAAGUAUAAUGAGGACAACAAUCUGCUGGGGGAUCUUGCAUAUGAAGUGAACGUUGUAGUGUGGUACCAACCGUUUUGUGAGGGUGAUCUCCGUAUGUGGUAUCAUCAUAUCAAUUUCACUGCAAGGACUAAAGCAACAGCUUAUUGCGAGUUCUUCUUCGCUGAAGUCAUAUUUAUGCAAGAAAAAUCUUUGGAAUUGCCAGUCAGCUGUUUAUGCAGGCUUAAACCUACUGAUAAUGCUAACUGCUUUGGUUGUAUAAACAAUGGAAGUGUUGAUAUGAUGCAUCCCAGUGAUGUUGGUUAUGCUGGUGGCCAUGCGAUGAACACUUACCAGCCAUUCAGUGGACCUAGGGUAAUGCCAGGAAGCUGUGAAGAGGAAAGCUACGAAGCUGAGGAGGCCAGGUUGAGAAGUACUUUACAGUGCCUUGAUGAUCCAGAGAUGAUGGAAGGACCACCGAAACCGUCUAAAUUCUGGGACAGUCUUGUUAAGGUAUACACUGGACCACCGGGAUACUCGGACCGAGACCGUGUACCACCAGGAUUCCCGGGCAGUGGACACAGUGCACCCCCGGCCCCACCUGCACAAUACUUUGGGGUUGGCAGUGGUGCUACGCAAUGCUUUGCACCUCCAGGUCUCUCGGGGUUGUCUUCUUCAUAAGUCAUAGGUUAUUGUAGAAUCUGGUUAAAUUCGAGGCUACUGUGACAUGCAUUUGAAUAGUUCUGUAUACUCCUCUUUGAGCAACAAAUAUCUUCCAUCUAGACGGACUCAAUUUUGGCUGGCAGCCUGAAUAUGGUCGUAAGUUUAUGAAGCGCUCUUAAUAUAUAUCUGCCAAAAGUAUUGAA